UGUCCCCCGGUGCCCCCCGUGCCCCCCGCACCAAGGGCAAGAUGGAAGAGAUCCUGAGGAAGCUGCAGAGAGAAGCGUCCGGGAGCAAAUACAAGGCCAUCAAGGACAGCUGCACUUGGGCCGUUGAAACUUUGGGAGGACCAGAUACUAUUGUCAAGAUCCCACCAUACCAGCUGAGGGAGAAGUGCCUUCUUCCUCUUCAGCUUGCUUUGGAAUCCAAGAAUGUGAAAUUGGCCCAGCAUGCUCUAGCAGGGAUGCAGAAGCUUCUCUCUGAUGAGAGGUUUGUAUCCAUGGAAACAGACUCCGAUGAGAAGCAGCUGCUUAAUCAGAUCCUGAAUGCAGUCAAAGUGACUCCUUCCCUCAACGAGGACUUGCAGGUGGAAGUGAUGAAGGUUUUACUCUGCAUAACUUACUCCUCCACGUUCGAUCUGAAUGGAAGUGCAGUGUUGAAGAUCUCUGAGGUUUGCAUUGAGACAUACGUAUCUAGCUGUCACCAGCGUAGUAUUAACACUGCCGUGCGGGCGACUCUCAGCCAAAUGUUGAGUGACUUGACUUUGCAGUUACGGCAAAGACAGGAGAACACGAUAAUUGAAAACCCAGAAGUCCCUCAAGAUUUCAGGAACCAAGGAUCGACAGUAGAAGCUCUCUGUGACGAUGUUGUCUCUGUCCUCACUGUCUUAUGUGAGAAACUUCACGCUGUUAUCAAUGAAAAUCAGCAGUUGCAGCUUCUCUAUCUGGAGUGCAUUCUGUCCAUGCUCAGCAGUUCCUCCACCAGCAUGCACCACCACAAAGCCUUCACUGACCUCAUUUGGAAGCAUCUGUGCCCGGCUCUCAUAGUGAUCCUGGGCAACCCCGUCCAUGAUAAAACCAUCACUUCCGCCCACAGCAGCGGCCCCAGCUUUGAGCCCAUCUCCCCUUCGUCGGGGGUCUCCGACCACGGCCGAGGAUCGGGGUGCUCCUCCACGGCCCCGGCCCUCAGUGGGCCCGUGGCUCGGACCAUCUACUACGUUGCGGGGGAACUCGUGCGAUUGGUGGGGUCGGUGGAAUCCAUGAAGCCGGUGCUUCAGUCUCUCUACCAUCGAAUGCUGCUGUAUCCCCCACCACAGCAUCGAGUGGAAGCCAUCAAAAUCAUGAAAGAGAUACUCGGUAGUCCCCAGAGGCUCUAUGAUUUGGCAGGACCCAGCUCUAUUGACCCAGAAUCCAGAAGAAGAACAGUCUCCAAAAGGAAAUCGCACCUGGAUCUUCUCAAACUUAUCAUGGAUGGAAUGGCUGAAGCCUGUAUAAAAGGUGGCAUUGAGGCUUGUUAUGCCUCCGUGUCUUGUGUCUGUGCCCUGCUCGGUACUUUAGAUGAGCUAAACCAGGGAAGAGGCUUGAAUGAGGACCAGGUCCAGCUGGUUCUCCAGCGCCUGGAAGAACUGAAGGACGGAGUGGAGUCGAACCGAGACUCCAUGGAGAUCAACGAGGCUGAUUUCCGGUGGCAGAGGCGGGUGUUGUCCUCCGAACACACCCCGUGGGAAUCGGGAAAUGAGAAAAGCCCCGACAUCAGCAUCAGUGUUACCACAGAUACGGGCCAGACCACUUUGGAGGGGGAUAUGGGGCAGACAACGCCAGAGGACCACCCUGAGGAUCAGAAGAACGGUUUGCAGUCACCAGAGGUCCAAGAGAGAAAGGAACCUCCCAGUAAAGAACCAGAGUCCGAAGCCAUAGACCAACCAGAUGUCGUUCAAAGGAGCCACACGGUUGUUUAUCCGGAUAUCACCAACUUCCUGUCAGUCGACUGCAGGACUAGGUCCUAUGGAUCCAGAUAUAGUGAGAGUAAUUUCAGUGUAGAUGACCAAGAUCUUUCAAGGACUGAAUUUGAUUCAUGUGACCAGUACUCCAUGGCUGCAGAAAAGGACUCGGGCCGGUCAGACGUAUCAGACAUCGGGUCUGACAACUGCUCGCUAGCGGAUGAGGAGCAGACGCCACGGGACUGUCAGGGUCACAGGUCACUGCGCACUGCUGCGCUCUCGCUGAAACUGCUGAAGAACCAGGAAGCUGAUCAGCACAGCGCCAGGCUCUUUGUCCAGUCUCUGGAAUCGCUCCUCCCCAGGCUCCUGGCUCUCCCCAGUGUGGAGGAGGUGGACUCCGCACUCCAGAAUUUUGCCUCGACCUUCUGCUCAGGUUUGAUUCAGUCUCCAGGGUUCGAUGGGAACGACAGCCUCAGCUUCCAGACGCUGAUGAGCGCAGACAGCCUCUAUGGGGUCUCUCACUAUACUCUUUUACUCAACCUGAAGCUGUCCAAUGGUGAUUACUACCGAAAAAAGCCAACCAUUGCUCCCGUGACGCUGAAAGAAUUUAUGAAGCAGAUCCAAACCAGUGGAGUCCUGAUGGUCUUUUCCCAGGCCUGGAUUGAGGAACUUUACCAUCAGGUGCUCGACCGGAAUAUACUUGGCGAAGCUGGAUACUGGGGAAGCCCUGAGGAGCAUAGCCUUCCCCUCAUCACCAUGCUGACCGACCUCGAUGGAUUGGAGAGCAGCGCGAUAGGCAGGCAACUGAUGGCAUCAGCUUCUACUGAGUCUCCUCCCACCCAGAACAGAAGGCCAGAUGAUUCCCUUGUAGCAGGUGUUGCAUUUGCCCGAUACCUCCUUAUCGGCUGCUGGAAGAACAUGAUUGAUACGCUAUCCACGCCUCUGACCGGCCGCAUGGUGGGAAGUUCUAAGGGUUUGGCGUUCAUCCUGGGGGCCGAAGGCAUCAAAGAGCAGAACCAGAAAGAACGAGACACCAUCUGCAUGAGCCUGGAUGGGCUGAGGAAAGCAGCCCGGCUGAGCUGUGCUUUAGGAGUGGCUGCGAACUGUGCAUCGGCCCUUGCUCAGAUGGCGGCUGCUUCCUGCGUACAGGAAGAGAAAGAGGAAAGGGAGGCUCAAGAACCAAGUGACGCCAUAACCCAAGUGAAACAGAAAGUGGAACAGAAGCUGGAGCAGAUUGGGAAAGUGCCCGGGGUGUGGCUCCACACAGCCCACGUGCUCUGCAUGGACGCCAUUCUCAGCGUAGGCUUGGAAAUGGGAAGCCACAAUCAAGACUGUUGGCCGCAUGUAUUCAGAGUCUGUGAGUACAUCAGCACCUUGGAGCACACCCACUUCAGCGACGGCACGGCCCAGCCCCAGCUGACCAUCAGCCAGCCCCAGCAGGCCACCGGCGGGCCAGGACCGCAGGAAGGGCAUGGGGCUGAAGACCCGGAGUCCCAGGAGCCGAGCGUUGAGCAGGAGACCUCGCUGAGGAACGCCCCCGUCAUCCAGCCUCCUUCCAUUCAGGAGCUCAUCAAGGAGGGCAGCAAGGGCCGAGCACUGGACUUCCGGGGGGGCAGCCUGAUGAGCGGGAGCAGCGCCGCCAAAGCGGUCCUCACCCUCUCCACGCAGGCGGACAGGCUCUUUGAAGAUGCUGCUGACAAGCUGAACCUCAUGGCGCUGGGAGGUUUCCUUUACCAGCUGAAAAAAGCUUCCCAAUCCCAGUUGUUCUACACAGUCACAGACACCGUUGACUACUCUCUAGCAAUGCCAGGAGAAGUGAAAUCCACCCAAGACAAAAGAAGCGCUCUCCACUUGUUCCGCCUUGGGGAUGCGAUGCUCAGGAUUGUACGGCGCAAAUCCCGACCCCUCCUCCACAUCAUGCGCUGCUGGAGCCUUGUGGCCCCCCAUCUGGUGGAGGCGGCCUGCCAUAAGGAAAGGCCUGUUUCCCAGAAGGCAGUUUCUUUUAUCCAUGCCAUCCUCACCGAGGUUCUGACAGACUGGAGCGAGCCCCCUCAUUUUCACUUCAAUGAGGCGCUGUUCCGCCCAUUCGAGCGCAUCAUGCAGUUGGAGCUGUGCGACGAGGAUGUCCAGGACCAGGUUAUCACAUCCAUCGGAGAGUUGGUGGAAGUGUGUUCCGCACGGAUCCAGUCUGGUUGGAGGCCUCUGUUCAGUGCCCUGGAGACAGUACACUGCAGCGACAAGUCGGAAAUGAAGGAGUACCUGGUGGGCGACUACUCCAUGGGCAAGGGUCAGGCCCCUGUCUUUGAUGUCUUUGAGGCAUUUCUCAACACAGACAACAUCCAAGUCUUUGCCAAUGCGGCCAUCAGUUACAUUAUGUGCCUUAUGAAGUUUGUCAAAGGAUUGGGGGAAGAAGAUUGUAAAGAGGUGGGUGGUGACUGUGGCCCAGUGUCAGGAUCCGCAUCUACGGAUUUGUGCCUUCCUGCGCUGGACUAUCUGCGACGAUGUUCUCAGUUGUUAGCCAAAAUCUACAAAAUGCCCUUGAAGCCAAUUUUCCUUGGAGGACGGCUUGCUAAUUUGCCCCGAAGGGCCCAGGAGCGAUCCGCCAGCAGUGAGGAUGGGAUCGAGUCAGUGCUUUCUGAUUUUGAUGAUGACACUGGUCUUGUAGAAGUCUGGAUCAUCCUGCUGGAACAGCUGACAGCUGCAGUAUCCAACUGUCCUCGUCAGCACCAACCCCCAACUCUGGAUUUGCUCUUUGAGCUGUUGAGAGAUGUGACAAAAGUACCUGGCCCUGGGUUUGGCAUCUAUGCCGUUGGCCACCUGCUCCUUCCUGUGAUGUCCCUGUGGCUCCAUCGAAGCCACGCCGACCAUGGCUACUGGGACAUUGCUGCUUCAAAUUUCAAGCAUGCCAUUGGUCUAUCCUGUGAGCUGGUGGUGGAGCAUAUUCAAAGCUUUAUCCAUUCAGACAUUAGGUAUGAGAAUAUGAUCAACACAAUGCUAAAAGAUCUCUUCAAGCUGUUGGUGGCAUGUGUGGCAGAGCCUACAGAAACUAUUUCCAGAGUUGGUUGCUCCUGUAUUAGGUAUGUCCUUGUGACAGCAGGACCCGUUUUCACUGAAGAGAUGUGGAGACUCGCCUGCUGUGCGCUGCAAGAUGCGUUCUCUGCUACGCUGGAGCCAGUGAAGAACCUGUUGGGCUGUUUCCACAGUGGAACUGACAGCUUUGGGAGUGAUGGCUGUGAGGUGAAAGUGGCAGCACCCUCCCCUUCCCCCAGUGCCGAGGCAGAAUACUGGCGGAUCCGAGCCAUGGCACAGCAGGUGUUCAUGUUAGAUACGCAAUGCUCCCCAAAGACUCCAAACAACAAGGAAGGAUUUGAGCAUGCUCAGUCCUGUGUACUUAUCAUUGAACUGCCGUCCGAUGAGAAGCCCAAUGGACAUACCCAGAAAAGAAUUCCUUUCAGGACAAUUGUAGUGAGUUUACUUUCUCAUCAAGUGCUGCUUCAGAAUUUAUAUGAUAUCUUGCUGGAAGAGUUUGUGAAAGGCCCUUCCCUUGGAGAGGACAAGGCUGUGCAGGUAGCAGACAACAAGCUGGCUGGCUUCCUCAGGUACAUAUCCAUGCAGAACUUGGCUGUCAUAUUUGACUUACUGCUCGACUCCUACCGGACAGCCCGGGAGUUUGACACCAGGCCAGGGUUGAAGUGUCUCCUGAAGAAAGUGUCUGGCAUUGGUGGGGCCGCCAAUCUAUAUCGCCAGUCAGCCAUGAGCUUCAAUAUCUACUUUCACGCACUGGUGUGUGCAGUGCUCACCAACCAAGAGAACAUCACGGCUGAGCAGGUGAAGAAGGUAUUAUUUGAGGAUGACGAGAGAAGUACGGAUUCUUCUCAGCAGUGCUCUUCAGAAGAUGAAGAUAUUUUUGAGGAAACUGCCCAAGUCAGUCCCCCACGAGGAAAGGAGAAGAGGCAGUGGAGGGCUCGGAUGCCUUCUCUAAGCAUCCAGCCCGUCAGCAAUGCUGACUGGGCAUGGUUGGUCAAAAGACUUCACAAGCUUUGCAUGGAACUGUGCAACAACUACAUCCAAAUGCAUCUGGAUUUGGAGAACAACGUGGAAGAGCCCCCGGUGUUCAAAGGUGACUCUUUCUUCUUCCUUCCCUCCUUCCAAUCUGAAACGUCCACCCCAUCAACAGGCGGGCUUUCUGGCAAGGAGACACCCUCAGAAGAUGACCACAGCCAAAUAAAGGAUCCGCCGCCCAGUACUGGGACCCCAAAAGGGGUAGCUGGAGAAAUACCGACGAUGCCACCGAGCCCCAGAGGAGAGAAGAAGGACCAAGGCAAGAAGAAGGAGUGGUGGGAGAAUGCAGGGAAUAAAAUCUACACCAUAGCCACAGACAAAACUAUUUCCAAAUUGAUGACAGAGUAUAAGAAAAGGAAGCAGCAGCACAACCUAACCCCUUUCACCAAAGAUGCCAAGGUGGAGAAGAAGGGAGAGACCCUGAACAUUAGGAGUCAAGACUCACCACUCCCCCAGCGCCCUCAGCAGCUGCUGGACCAAGGUCAAAUGAGGCAUUCCUUCAGUGCUGGCCCAGAAAUCCUGAGGGCAGAGAAGAGACCCCGCUCGGGCUCCACAGCGAGCUCCCUGAAUAUUUCUGUAAGAGAUGCCGAGGCGCAGAUCCAGGCCUGGACCAACAUGGUAUUGACGGUUCUCAAUCAGAUUCAGAGCCUACCGGACCAGACAUUCACUGCCCUCCAGCCGGCUGUGUUCCCUUGCAUUAGCCAACUGACUUGUCACGUCACUGAUAUCCGUGUUCGCCAGGCUGUGAGGGAAUGGCUGGGAAGAGUCGGUAGGGUCUACGAUAUCAUUGUAUAGAAGAACCCCAUUGCUAAAGCAAGCAGAGACCGUUCUGAGGAUUUAGGAUAUGCUAACAACAUUCCCUCCCCGGUGUGAAAUUGGUGUCCAGAAAAGAGAUCCCUGAAUGAAACAAGGAACCUUCAGCUUAGUUGAUUUUCUAAAAUCAGCCCAGUUGCUCCCAACAGGAAAACAAUUUUUAAAUUUUGUUUCCACAGAGUCUAUGCUAUCAAAUUGUACCAUUCGAAGUCUUGUGAAUUAUUUCCUGAAGGGGAGAUAAUUUCCAAAGGGCUGCAUUCUUACUGUCCUUCUUGAAAACACAUUUGCCAGUGAAAAGAUAUAACAACUUGACAUGCCAAAAUGUGCUAGUAUUUCAGGGUGGUGUAAUAAGAUCUAGAAAAUGUAAUAUCCAGUGGUGUUACAUAGUCAAAAACAGAGAGUACAUAUGACUGUAAGGAGGAGCAAGUCUCUUGCAGUAUUAUUCAUGGUUGUAAUAAGCGUGAAUAUCCUUUAUCCUGUACCCUACUCACCCUGCCCUCAACCUUACAGUACUCUAUGUACAUAUCUGCAAUUUAUUUUGUCUGUUUCCCCUUGUAGACUGUAAGCUCCUUGGGGGCAGGAGAGGUGUCUACCAACUCUGUUGCAAUGUACUCUCCCAAGCAUGUAGUUUAGAGUUCUGCACACAGUAAGCAUUCAAUAAAUAUCAUUGAUUGAUUCAA